UAUUUAUUUAUCUACCUCACUUAUAUAAAUAGUGGGUAUCAACUGUAGAGUUGUUAUAAUAAUUUUUUUAUUGCCCUGAAAUACUUACUGUUUUUAGGAGCAAAAUUGAUAUCGGCUGAAUUUUUUUUAACGUCUUGUCAGUGUAAUUAAUGCUUAUUUACCUACAUUAAAGAAUUUUAUGAACAUUAUAGAAUUAUAGAUUCUUUUUUGUGUAAUAUUUCCCAAAAUAUUGUGAGAUUAAAAUGACCUCUCAACUGGAAAACAUUAUAAAUGUCUACAAAAGACUGGCCAAAAUUCCUUCUAUUGUGGGUGGAAGACUGAACAGUAGUGGUAAUAAAGUAUUGUCAAAAUGGUCAGUAAGGAAUUUAGACAAGGGCAAGACGAGCAAAUACCUAUUAGAUUAUGUACUCAAUAGCGAUCUGAAAGUUAUCUCGGAGUCUUCUUUUGGUACUGAUGUCAGCAACGAAUUGCUGUCAUCAGUAUCGCCACGCGAUACCUACCGGGCCGUGAUACGCGAGGAGAAGGAGAAAGACAAGAAACAGUACUUGGAAGUGUGGAGCAAGACCAGCUUAGUGCAUUGUAUUGAUCUCACAGCGCUCGACUUACAUGGAGAUGUGUAUGCUGAUUCAGAAUUUGGCUGCUUGAAUUGGUCGCAAGAUGAGAGUGCAAUUGUGUACGUUGCUGAAAGGAAACUUCCAAAAUAUGAACCCUAUAUUAAGAGAAAGAACGAGGAAAAACUCAAAACUGAAGGUAGUGGCGAAUCAACCCCAAAGAAGGGUGAAGAAUUUGUAUACCGUCAAGAUUGGGGUGAACAGCUGGUUGGCAAGCACCUUUCUUCGAUUGUCGUGUGUCAACUACAGACGGAGAAAUUUACAGUUUUGGAGGGACUGCCAGAGAGUUGGUGUCCGGGACAGGUUUCUUUCACACCGGACGGCAAGAGCGUGGUAGGUGUCGCGUGGGAGACAGAGCCGCGUCGGCUCGGACUCAUGUUCUGCACCAACCGGCCUGGAUACAUAUUCAGUCUCACGCUCGACGGGAAAUUAAGCAAGUUGUCCAAAGAGGGCGUGUCGGUGCGUUCUCCGCGCGUGUUUGCCGACGGCGUGGUUUGGUUGCAGCGUACACCGGGCGGGCCGCAUCACGCCUGCCACUCUCUUGUCAUCAGGAGAAACGGCUCUGAAGAAGUCUGCCCGAUCAUAGACAUAGUGGACACCGAGUUGAAGAUAACAGAUGGCGCUAGUUUCCACGGACUGUACUGUCAGUCGUUACCACACGCGUGUUUCACGGGUGACGGCAGGGUCGUGUUCUCGACUCCGCAUACAGAUGAAAUCAGAAGCUAUAUUGCUGAUAUCGAUGGUAAAAGAAUAGUGGACAUAUCAAACAAGAGCUUCUCAGGCUCCACCAGUAUCCUAGACAUGAAGGGAGGCGUGAUCCUCGCGGCUUGUUCCAACAUGACCACGCCUGGACAAUUGUACGUGGGCCGUCUGCCGGCGGCGGGCAGUGAGGCGCAGAUCUCGUGGCGAGCGGUCGGGCCCUCGCCGCAGUCGCCGCUGCCUCCCUCCACUGUGCAGUACCUGCAGUUGCGGCAUGAACACUGCACUGAUACUGUCAAUUCGUUCACGGCUAUAUACUUGGCACCGGAGGGCAACAAGAAGCUGCCGCUUGUGGUGUGGCCGCACGGCGGACCGCACACUAACUUCGUGAAUGCGUUCGCAAUCGAAACGGCACUAUUCAACCUGCUAGGUCUGGCCUCCAUCAGAAUUAAUUUCCGCGGUUCCAUCGGGCACGGUGACAAGCACGUACGAAGCCUCAUUGGCCACGUCGGCGAAUACGACGUGCAAGACUGUCUUCUCGCUCUAACCACAGUGAAGGAAAGAGACAGCAGACUAGACCAUUGCUUGUUGUACAGUGGUAGUUAUGGGGGGUUCACCAUUGCUCACUUGGCCGGUCAGUACCCGGAUAGAUUCGUGGCUAUGGUGAUGAGGAAUCCUGUCUUAGAUUUUGCUACUAAAGGUCCAUACGCUGAUAAUUCCGAUGGGUGUGCAGUAGAAGCUGGCUUCGAGUUCAAAGAGAGCGGCCCGCUGUCCGAACAGGAGUUUCUGGCGAUGCGUCGCUGCUCGCCGCUUGCACACGUGCACCGCGUGAAGGCGCCCACCGCGAUCAUGCUGGGCUCUGGGGACAAGCGCGUGCCUCACUUCCAGGGCUUGGACUACGCCAGGCGGCUGAAGGCUAACGGUGUACCCACCAGGAUUUACAUGUAUGACGACAACCACUCGCUGUCGUCACUUCCCUCCGAAAUGGACAACCUCAUUAAUGGAGUACACUGGUUCCUACAGCACCUGCCGUCCUAACAACAAUGGUGUAAAACUAUCAUGAAUUAUACUGUAUUUUAAUUAUUUAUACAGUCUUUACUCACGUCUUCAAAUGUUACCACCCUCCUCGAAAAUAAGGGACACCACGGGCAUCACAGUAUAUUUCGUCUACAAUGCUGUUCCUGUCUAUAGGCGACAAUUACUAUUUUCCAUCAGAUAGUCCAUCAGCUUGUUUACCAUUUUAAGUUCCUUAAAAAAAUUAGUAAGUACAGUUAAGUUCAACUUGUGACGCAACCGUGAAUUGCGCUCAUGUAUAAGGGCUCAUGUCGAGUUCAAAAUUAGUUUGGCAACCCUAAAUUUUACAACGUGAGUAAAGUCUUUAUAAACAAUUAUAAAAGCACGAAGGCAUAUACAAUCCGAAAUCCAGCGAUAGUAUUUAUGAAACUUAACAAUUUACUCCAAUUGCAUUAAGUCGAAAUAUUAAAGCAAUUUUUAACUUUACGUACCAAAUGGAACGCAUAACGGUAGCCAGUCAUUUGUAGAACCAUCAAUAUUUUUAUUGGUACAUUUUUGGGAAAUUAUCUCUGUUUUAAAAAUAAAUACUAUCAGAUUUCGGAUUAUAUUAUUUGUGUUACAUGUAUAUUAGGCAAUAAAAUGAUACUGCAAUUUGAUAAAUGUUAUUUUGUAUUAUAUUUUUUUUAAUAAAUCACUAUUGUUUA